AUGUCUGGCUCUAAUCCAUCUUCUCCCAACUCUCCAGUGCAUGACAACAUCUCUUCCCAAAACAAUGAAACUCUGAUCAAUUCUUCAGCUCUUCCUAGAACUCUAGACCCUUAUAUCAUUCAUCCCAGUGAUAACCCUGCAACUGUGCUAUCCUCUCCUCUUUUACAAGGAGACAACUACGGUUCCUGGGUUAGGGGAAUCACCAAGUCUCUGAAUGCCAAGGGCAAGCUUGGUUUCGUUGAUGGCUCCCUUCCUCCUCCAACAGAUCCGUUGCAGUUUCAAUGCUGGAAGAGAUGUGAUGAUCCUGUGGGAAGUUGGCUUCUAAACUCUUGUCAACCAGAUAUCAAGGCUAGCUGCCUGUAUGCUGCCAACUCUCAUGUUAUCUGGAAAGAUCUGCAAAUCAGGUUUUGUGUCUCCAAUGCCCCUAUUCUGUUUCGUUUAAAAUCUUCAAUUGCUUCAAUCAAACAGGAAUCAAUGCCCGUGUCUCUUUACUAUACCAAAAUAAAAACUCUUUGGGAUCAAUAUGACUCCCUGGUUGCUUCUACGGAAGCAUGUAUCUGUGGUGCUGGCAAGCACAUGCUUGAAAGAAUCGAAAGAGAGUGUGCCAUGGAGUUUCUGUAG